AUUUUAUAAUACAACGAGUUUCUUAAUUUCUCUUUACUUUUUGGACUUUAUGUUUUUAGCGAGAAAUAAAAAAUGGAAGGAAAUUCAAACCAGAAUGGAAGUUCAUCGUUUGUUAAUAGUUCCAUCGAGUUCAGACUACCUCUGCUUGAAAACAUAUCCAAUAAUUGUAUCCUUCUUGAGUUAGAGCAAGAUGGAUUUAUUACACCUGAUGAAAAGGCAGAAAAACUUAUUAAAAAUUUAACCAAAUUAAAUUAUUUAUUUGCUCUUAAAUUACUUUUUGAUACCCCAUUUAACCAAUUUUCGGAUGAAGUUCUUCGAAAUUCUUUGGUUGCAUUAGCAGAUCCGACGCAUUUUGAUUAUUAUGGAAAACAGAGUAUGGUCAGACUAGAGUUACACAUUCGUACCUGGGUUGCUGUAUUGGAAAAGAUUUGCGUGACACCAAUGCGCUUAAGUAAAGAACUUCGAGAUAAAGUUUAUAGCUCUUUAGCAAAAUUUGCAGAAAUUCAUAAAAAAACAACUCAAGUAAUGCAAGAAGGAAUUGAUAAUAAUUUUAGGUCUGAAUUUAAUCAAUUCAAUCAAUUACAUGAUAAUAAAGAAGAUGAAGGAAUUAUGAACAAACGAAAUUAUAAUAUUGACUUCUUAUUAAUUCAUUUACGAGAUACAUUACAUAGUUUACGUGAUGAUGAGACUUGGUUUCAAGAAAUUAUACGAAGAACCAAGGAAUUACUUAAGGGUGCAUUAAAUAUUACACCAGGAGCUUUAUCAACACUAGCACCCGGAGUUGCUCUUCCAAAUGAUAAUUGUUCGAUCUUAUCAAUGCUCACUCAAUUACGAAAAGGAUUAAAUUUUAAGUAUCCAGUAGCGUCUUAUUAUGUAGAUUGGAGAGUUAUGUUGAUAAUUCAACAUAAUUUAUUCAAUUGGUCUGGUGGUACUGAAAAUAUAAUUAGUAAAAAAUUUCAAGAAAUGGUAUUAAUGGAAUAUUUUUGGAGUUAUUUAGAAAAAGAAUGGAUUGAUGUUACUGAUAAUUCUAUUUUAGAUUCUCAAUCAAAAUUUGAUGAAAUAUCAAAUAAACUUGUUAAAGCUUUUAAAAAUACUGGAAAUUUCAUUAAUGAUCUUGUUGGAAAUGAACCUCUUGCUUUACCACAUACUUUAUGGUUUGGAAUAUUAGAUCUCGCACAAAAUCUUAUCCAAAGAUCCACUCGAAAAUCCACUCAUGGUCUAUGUUAUUAUUUAGCAAUUGAAUCACUUAAUAGAGCUCCCAGUAGUUUCAUUCAAUUUAAAGCAAUUGAAAUAUUAUUUCAUUUACAUAAUAUUAAUCAACAAAUGUUUUCAAUAAUUGAAAUUGACUUUAAUCAAUACAUUCAAAAAUUAAAUGAAACAGAUUCAACAACAGAUUCUUCAGAAAAAUUUCAAAAUUUGUUAGCGUUUGUUAAAAAAAAGUGUGCUGAUGAUUUUAAUCUAUUAAAUUAUAAUAUUGAAAAAGGAAAGGGAAAAGGAAAAGAAAAGAGUCUAUCAAUUCAAAAUACAAACUUAACAAAAAAAAUUUCGAAAUUGGGUGAAAUUUUAGAAAUGAUUGCAAAUGAAAUGACUUGCCCGAUUGAUCAUGAACCAACAGAUCAAUUAUGUGUUUUACAAUGUCAACAUAUAUUAUCAUUUAAUAAUUUAAAAAAAUUGAAACAGAAAAAUUGCCCUAAAUGUCGAGAAAAUAUUGAAGAUAAUGGUAUUAGAUAUUUACCACAAAAUGUUAUUUAUAAACAUUUAUAUUCCCAAUUUUUUGAAGCUGGACAUAUUUUACCUUCAAUUGAAGUAGAAGAUUUAACAAACAACCAAUAUGAUGAUAGUGAUUCAGAUGAUUCAGAAGUUGAUCUUAUGUUAACUAAGAAAAAGAAAAUUCUAAAAGCAAUUAGGUUAAAUCCAAAUAUAUCAUUAAAAUCAAUAUUCCAAAUUAGAAAAAAACAGCAUCCAACAUAUCUAAAUGCUAUUAAAGAAUUAAAAGAAAAAAAUUAUAAAAAUGCUGAACAUUGGUGUAAAGAGUUUCUUAAAACCUAUCCAGAAAGUUAUUCUAUAAGAUGUAUUUUAGCUUACACUUAUAGAUGUCUCAAUAAUUAUAAACAAGCACAUUUACAUUUAAAUGAAGCUAUUGAGCUGAAAGGAAAAAAGCUCAAUGCCUGGUAUAUUCGUGGAGAAAUUCAUUUAAGACAGGGCAAUUAUGAUGAUGCAGUAAGAGAUUUAAUAACUUCAAUAACUUCAAUAAAUUAUAAUGCUAAAAUGAAUUUUUUAUAUAUAAUGAUUGGAAUUAGUUAUUGUAAUAGUAAUGAUAAUGAAGAUGCCUUAAAAUAUUUUGAUAAUGUAUUACAAAAUGAUCCAAAUAAUCAUUUAUGUCUUAGGUACUGUGCUUAUAUUUAUGAAAAGCAAGGAAAAUUCUCAGAUACUCUAAAGAUGUUAGAUAAAUUGCUCAAGAUUAAUGAGAAAGAUUCAUUAAUUUUAUGUUAUUAUGGAGAAACUAUAAGUAAAAUGAAAAAGUAUGAUAGUGCUAUAACAUAUUUUACAAAAGCAAGUAAUAUAGAUCCAGAAAAUAUUCAUAAUUUAACUAAGAGAGCUAUUAUAUAUUGUAUUCUUCAAGAAUAUGAAAAAGCUUUAUUGGAUAUUAAUAAUAUCAUACAAUUAGAUACUUGUAAGGGAUUAAUAUAUUUUAUAAUGGCAGAUAAUAUUGAAUUAGAUCCUAAUAUUGAUUGGAAUCUAAAGUUUUUGAAUCUUAUUUCUAAGAUUAAUGAAUUCGCUAAUAUAAAUCAUGAUGAAUCAUUGCUUUUGAUGAGAUGCACAAUAUAUAUUAGAUUAAAAAAAUAUGAAGAUGCAGUAUUAGAUUUAGAUAGAUUGUUUGAGAUAAAUGAAGAUAUCUCAUUUGCUUAUUUAUUACAAAAAUAUUCAGAUUUUUGGUUAUACUUGUGUAAAUCAUAUCUUCUUAAUGAUCGGGUUCAUCUUGGAAUUACUAAUUAUUUUGACCUUUAUAUGUAUAGAGUGGAUUUUUACAGUAAAAGGGAUUUAUUUUAUGUCCCAUCUUAUGAAGUUUAAUUGUAAAUAUCAAAUUCAAUUUCGAGAAAGUUAUUUAAAUGGGCGCAUAUUAUCUCUUAAAGGCAUUUAUUUAAGCUUGCCCGAAUUUUCUAUUGCCGAUAUGCCUUCUGUCAAAAAUGCAUUCUAUGAUAUAAUUUGGAAAAUAAAUAUCAAAAAAAUAAUUUCGUCGGACUGUUUUAUUAAAUUUAUAGUUGAAAGAAAAUGUUCAGUAAGUGUAAUUAAUAACAAAUAUUUAG